GUUCAGCACCAUGUUCAAGUCGUGCUCCAACAACGAAGAGUUCUCCACGACGCCAGUGCAAAGCUGCUCCCCUACCAAGAAGGCCAACAAGCCGAGCUCGGCCAGCGGACGCAGUGGCAGCGGCAGCAGCAGCAGCGCCAGCUAUAAGAGUGUCAUGAAUGCAACAUGCUGCAGCGGUGGCAGCAGCGUUUGCUCACCGCUAUCGACUCCACGCUCCGAUUUGAGUGGAUGCACCACAGAUGGUGGUUAUAUGACGCCAUUGGCGCCCGGCGAUGCAACUGUCUCGGAUACGGUCACCUUUGGUGUGGCUGGUGGCAGUGAAACGGAACAAUUACCAACGGAGCCGCAUCAUCCUCUUAACAGUGAAUGGACGCUGUGGUAUUUGGAAACUGAUCGUAGUAAGAGCUGGGAGGAAAUGCUGCACGAGGUGGCCAGCUUUAAUACGGUCGAGAACUUCUGGAGCCUCAUAAAUCAUAUAAAAACGCCAUCGGAGAUUAAAAUGGGCAGCGACUAUUGUCUGUUCAAGAAAGGAAUACGCCCAAUGUGGGAGGAUGAGGCCAAUGUGAAGGGCGGACGCUGGGUAAUCACUUUGAACAAAGGGAAUAAGAAUGAUUUGGAUAACUUCUGGCUGGACACAAUGCUUGUUUUAAUCGGCGAGAGCUGUGAAUAUUCGCACGAGCUGUGCGGCGCUGUUGUCAAUAUACGUGGCAAAAACAAUAAGAUCUCCAUAUGGACAGCCAAUGGCGGCAAUGAGGCAGCUGCCCUUGAGAUCGGUGGCAAGCUGCGCGAUGGCCUGCGCAUGGAGAGCGCCUACGUGCUGCAGUAUCAACUACACAAGGACACCAUGGCCAAGCAGGGAUCUUUGGUCAAGACAAUCUAUACGCGCUAGAGUGCGGCCAAUGGCCGCCUUUAACUAAAAAUAACCAUACCCCAACCAAAACAAACAAAUACUACAGACAUAGCACACAUAUAUUGUCCUUUUGGAUGUCAGUCCUUCACACAAUGCAAAUACCCACCCAAUAUUAAACAGCAACUGAAAAUGUUCACUCACAUCCCAAAUCGUCAAAGUCUGACAAAAAGGCUGAUCCCAAUAACGGCGACCAAAUUCUCAGUCCAAACCGUAGUUCCAAGGUUCAUUUGAAAUUUUUCAGUUGAUAUUCUCAAUAAUAAAGCCCAAAUUGUUAAUUAUAAAUUCCAUGUCGAUCGCAGCAAAUCUUCUAUGUGAAGAACAUAUGUAAGUAGUUAAAAGAAACUCAACAAUACAGAAAAUAAAUUAUAAACUACUGGAAGCAUUUCUCAUUUAA